CCCUUAGACUUGACCUCGUGGCUAUUUGUUCUGUGUGUGUUUAGACCACAGACGUUGGCGCUGAACUUUAAAUUACACCCGAGGGUUACUCAGGGUGUCUGAGUAGGAAGUUCAGGGAAGUCCUGGGAGGUACAACCUUUGACCUGAUGGCAUAUCUACUUCGGAGGACACCUCUGAUGUUGUUGCCCCCCCAGUCAUUCAUGACGAGGGUGUAACGUUGCACCCUGGGGACCCCUAGAGCUCAGCUUAGUGAGUGACUGAAGUGAACGAGAGGUUAGACGUAAACAACCAUGUGUCCGCUUCGCUGCUGCAACUGCUCUGUGGAAUAUAUUACUGAAAUUACAAGAACUUUACUGCAACUUGGAUUCCCUAUGAGUGGAGAUGGAUCUUCAUGUGCCAGUAGGUGUGAUUGACAAUCCAGACAACAUGGACAGCCUGAAAAGGAACGUAUUGGAACAUAAUGGACGACAGACUCACCAACACCAGGUCUUACGGAGUACUCCAUUGGACCUGAUCGAGAUGGGCAAGUCACUGAGGUUCCAAACAGAGCACCCCCACCUGGUCAGUCUGGGUAGUGGCCGUCUCAGCACAGCCAUCACCCUGUUACCCCUGCAGGAAGGGAGGACGACCCUGGGCAGUGGGAACACAGACAUCCCUCUGCAGGGUCCCGGCAUCGCUGAUCAACACUGCUAUAUCGACAAUAGGGCCGGCAGUAUCACCCUCAACCCCUGUGGGAACCAUUGCUCCAUGGAUGGUCUCCCCGUCUCCAAGCCUGUACGCCUUUCACAAGGGUGCAUGCUGUGUUUUGGUCAGUCAGCCUUUUUCCGCUUCAACCACCCAGAAGAGGCCCUCAGAAUGAAGAGCAUGCUGCCUGGAGGAAGCCAGGGGCCCAGCGCCUACAAGAGCCAUCACACAGACUCCCACACGGUGCUGAAUGGGACCCACCAGCCUGCCCCCCGUGAGAGGACCCGUUCCGGCUCUGGCCCACACCCAGUCCCCCUGACCAGCACCAUAGAGAGGGACCUCCAGGACAUCAUGGACUCUCUGGUGAUGGAUGACCCCCAGUCCUCCGGGAAGCUGGCCCACCACCCCAUCCCUCAGUCCCCCCUCUCCCCCAUGCUGAAUGGGGGAGGACGUUACCUGCUCUACUCUCCCACCAGCCCUGGGGCCAUGUCCAUGGGCUCCAGCUAUGAGAACGCCUCCCCGCCCGGCCCCUUCUCCCCGCUCUCCUCUCCUCUGUCGGCUGCCAGUAGUGAUGCUUUCCCGGGGCCUGGUACUCCUCCAGUGCCUGCCCGCUCCUCCAGCUACACCCUCACUACCCAAACCCCUUUCACCCAGCCAUGGACCACCCCUCCUGGGGGCUACAGUGGAUCUGCUGAUGUGCAGAGGGUCCCGGAGAGCCCCAGGCCUCUGAGGAGGGCCCUAGCGGAGGCCUUGCCAAGCCCCACUGCUUCCCGUAGAGGUGUGGAUCAGGACAGCCCAGUAGGCAGUUCAGAGACUCCCAGAGCAGUACAUGGACCAUCCCACAUCCCAGUCUCCAGCGCCAGACUAAACUCUAAGUUCUCUGGAUGUCAGGCAUCCACGGCUCCUUCCAGCCCUAGAGUGAGGGUGGGCGGCUUAGGCUCUCGGCCUCCCAGCCCCCAGCACCUCUUCCAGAUCCAGUCCCACACAGAUAGCCCUCAGCAGACACGUAGGACCCCAGAGCCCUCUGGACCCUCCAGCCUGCGGGAGCUACCCCCUCCCAGCCCCUCCAUGUCUCGUAGAGGGGCUUCUCCAGCACAGGGCUCCCUCCAGGAUAGGGGGCUGCGAGCCAGGAGUCCCUCUCCCACCUCCGGGGGAGGCAGGCAGCAGAAGGGCAGCCCAGGUAUCGCCAUCACCCCAGCCCUGGGCUCUCUGUCUGGGUCUGGGGCAGGAGCUGGGCCCUCUCCUCUCACGAGCCCCCAGGGACAGAGGAAGAAGUCUGGUAGUGCUGGGGCCACCAGGGACCCAGCUGGAGCAUCUAGGGACCCCAAGGGGCCUGUACGGCCCCGGACCCGGGAACGCAAGAACAGCAUCUCAGAGAUCAGCGACAACGAGGAUGAGCUGCUGGAGUACCACCGCUGGCAGAGAGAGGAGAGACUCCGCGAGCAGGAGAUGGAGAAGCUGGAGCGACAGAGAUUGGAGACCAUCCUUAGCCUGUGUGCGGAGUACACCAACUCUCCCCAGUGUCUGGGUGGUGAGACAGGGAGUACAACAGGGCACUUCCCUGGACCAGGGGAGGGGGGCGCUAGAGAGAGACCCUGUACAGAGACAGGUGGUGGGGCGACUCAGCGAGGAGGAAUGACUCAGAGGCAGAGAGAGAGUGACGAGGAGAACCAGAGAGAGGAGUCCAGCAGCACAGAGAGCACUCACCAGGAGCAGGAAGACUCAGGGUUAGGUGUGGGUGUGUCAGGGUUAGGAUCAGGAUCAGGUGUGUCUGGGCGUCAGGAGCAGCAGUACCUGGAGGAGGAGAGGACCAGGGUUCUGUCCAGGGUGGAUAAGCUGAAACACAGAGUCACAGAGCUGGAGCAGCAGCUACAGGAGUCCAGACAGGAGGCGGAGAUGGAGAGGGCUCUGCUGCAGGGGGAGAGGCAGGCUGAGCAGGAGCAGGUCGAGGCAGAGACAGAGAUCAUCUCUCAGCUCCAGUCUAAACUCAGCCAGCUGGACAGGGCCACCCAGAGGGAGAAAGACAAGGGGAGGGCUAAUGUGUCUGCUGAGCGGCAGCUGCUGGAGAGACUUCAUGAGGGGUACAGUGAGCUGAAGAGCCAGGUUCAUAACUGUCCUGAAUCUCUGAGGGAACAGUUACAGGAGCAGCUACGGAGGGAGGCAGAGGCGCUUGAGGUGGGGACCAAGCAGUUUGAGGACUUGGAGUUCCGUCAGCUGGAGAGAGAGAGCGGUCUGGAGGAAGAGAAGGAGACGCUCAGCAGACAGCUGCUCCUGGAAAGGGCCGAGUACCACCGCAGCGUGGCCAAGAGAAAGGAGAAGAUGGCUGCUCUGGAGGUGCAGGCCAACCAGUUAGGGGUGCAGGCAGCUCAGGACUGUGAGAGGAUGGCUAAAGACAGGACCCUGGCCCUACAACUGCUUCAUAAAGAGAAGGACAGGCUGUCUACUCUGGAGAAGAGAUACCACACUCUGACGGGAGGACGUAGCUUCCCCAAGCCCUGCAGCACCAUGAAAGAGGAGUACCUCAGGCUCGCUGAUGUCUAUAAGAUGUAUGGGAGCGGUGGUCCUCUCCCGACCUACUCUACCCCCCCUGCUCCUCACUGCCUCUCUCUCACUGUCGCUCCAGCAGCUCUGCCCGGCGAGGAGUACAUCACAGUUAGUCAGUUGAGCCAGAUGUUGGGGAUGCAGAAACUUGGCCCCUCCCCCGCACUUUCUAUCCAGUCAUUCCAGCUUGCCCUCGCUGACCCUGCCUUCUCCUGCUGCACAACUCCAUGUGACACCUCCCCCGCUAUCUCAGUUGAGAGCCAGCCUGAGUGGAUUAGACCUCACAACCCGGCCCUUAACUUAGAGCGCUGGUACCAGGACAUAAUGUCAGCAGGGGAUUCCCACCACCAGUCAUGCCCUCCCCCUCUCCCUGCUAAGUCUCACUCCUCACGCAGACCUAGCCAGGUGUACCGGUCAAAACCAGAUGGUGAUGCAGGACAGACAGCAUCACGCUCUAGUAGUGUCAGUGGUACUGCCAGCCCUCCACAGUCCAAUGGGGUUACACUGGGCCGAAGCACACCCACCAAGGGUCUCCAGCUGGUGUCCAGGGAGCUGUCAGCAUCAGGCCCGCCAGACAUGGUGAUGGACACCAGGAGACAGCUGUCACUGCAGAGCAAAGGCCCUCCUCCCAUGGUCCACCACUCCAUCCUGCACCACCAGACACCCCCCUCAGGGGACCCGCAGUACGACACCCUCAGCCUGGAGAGCUCUGACAGCGUCGAGACCUCCGUCUCCACCGGCAACAACUCUGCCUGUUCUCCAGAAAGUGGCAGUGGGCUUGAGGCCCUGAGGAUCGAGGAGAUGGAGAAGAUGCUGAAGGAGGCUCAGCAGGAGAAAGCCAGGCUGGUGGAGAGCAGAGAGAGGGAGGUACAGGCGCGGAGGCAGAUGUUGGAGGAGGAGCGGAGGAGGCGCGAGGAGGCCGAGAGGAGGUUGCAGGACGAGACGACCCACAGGCAGAGACUGGUGGAGGAGGAGGUGAAGAUGAGAGAGAAGCACUUCUCUCAGGCCCGCCCCAUGACGCGCUACCUACCCAUCAGGAAGGAGGAGUUUGACUUGCGUUCCCACGUGGAGUCGUCGGGCCACAGCGUGGACACCUGUCCCUACGUCGUCCUCUCCGAGAAGAUGUGCAAGGGACACCUGGUCAAGAUGGGCGGCAAGAUCAAGUCGUGGAAGAAACGCUGGUUUGUCUUCGACCGCCUCAAGAGGAACUUCUCCUACUAUGCUGAUAAGCAUGAGUCCAAGCUGAAAGGACUGAUCUACUUUCAGGCUAUAGAGGAAGUGUACUACGAUCACCUACGCAGUGCCACUAAGAGCCCCAACCCGUCGCUGACCUUCUGUGUGAAGACUCACGACCGGCUCUACUUUAUGGUGGCCCCAUCUCCAGAGGCCAUGAGGAUCUGGAUGGACGUAAUAGUAACCGGGGCGGAGGGAUACACACAGUUCAUGACCUGAGGAACUGAGCUCUCCGGGUGACAGACCUUACAACAGGGUUGUGUUUGUUAGGGCAUGUAUUGGAAAAACAUUUUUAAACCAUUUACAACAGAAAAUAAAAAUGUUAGUUUAUUUUUGGACAAGUCCAAGUAGUUCCUCUAUGUUUCAGUCCUUCUUCUUCCGUUUGGUGCCUAAUGAACAUGACCCAGGAGAGAGAGAGACCAUGGGCUUGCUGCUCCCAGAUUUCUGUCUGCAGCUCUGCACUCCACUACUGCUGUUCUUUGAGUCCUUGUUUAUUUUACCAUGCAAGUCAGUUAAGAACAAAUUCUUAUUUUCAAUGACGGCCUAGGAACAGAGGGUUAACUGCCUUGUUCAGGGGCAGAACGACAGAUUUUUACCUUGUCAGCUCGGGGAUUCGAUCUUGCAACCUUUCCGUUACUAGUCCAACGCUCUAACCACUAGGCCUACCUGCCACCCCUGUACCUUUCAGACGUAUAGAUCUCUGUAACUCACAUGGAUAGGACUCACAUGGAUAGGAUGGGAAGUUAUCCAAUAUACAGGUAACUGCCUAAAUUAAAGGAAACACUUGAGUAAAUUAGGGAUAAUUAAGCAAUUAACAUCCCAUCAUGCUUAGGGUCAUGUACAGUAUAAAAAUGCCUGGUUCCCCAUUAUUUUGGCAAUGUUGGCUAGAACAGGAGAUCUCAGUGACUUUGAAAGAAGGCUCUCAAAGGAGCAUAGGGGGGCCUCCCGAGUGGCACAGCAGUCUAAGGCACUAGCUGUGUCACUACAGAUCCUGGUUCGAUUUCAGGCUGUGUCGCAGCCGGCCGCGAACGAAAGACCCAUGAGGUGGCGCACAAUUGGUCCAGCGUCAUCUGGGUUAGGGGAAUGUUGGGCUGGCCGGGAUGUCCUUGUCCCAUCGCUCUCUAGCAACUCCGGUGGGGGGCUGGGCGCAUGCAGUGCGACUUGGCGGGGUCGUGUUUCGGAGGACGCACGGCUCUCGACUUUCGCCUCUCCCGAGUCCGUACGGGAGUUGCAGCGAUGGGACAAGACUGUAACUACCAAUUGGAUACCAUGAAAUUGGGGAGAAAAAGGGUGAAAAAAAUAAAGAAGCAUAUGUGUGUGUGUGUGUGUGUGUGUGUGUGUGUGUGUGUGUGUGUGUGUGUGUGUGUGUGUGUGUACGUCGCUCUGGAUAAGAGCGUCUGCUCAAAGAGCGUCUGCUCAAAGAGUGUCAGCUCAAUGACUAAAAUGUAAAUGUAUAUAUAUGUCUCAGUCACCAGAUCUCAACCCAAUUGAACACUUAUGAGAGAUUCUGGAGCGGCGCCUGAGACAGCGUUUUCCACCAGCAUCAACAAAACACCAAAUGAUGGAAUUUCUCGUGGAAGAAUGGUGUCGCAUCCCUCCAAUAGAGUUCCAGACACUUGUAGAACCUAUGCCAAGGCGCAUUGAAGCUGUUCUGGCGGCUCGUGGUAGCCCAACAUCCUAUUAAGACACUUUAUGUUGGCGUUUCCUUUAUUUUGGCAGUUACCCGUAGCUUUCCAGAGGUAGCCCUGGGUCUCAGACCAGUAAAGAUCAUAAAGGAAGAGAGGUUUUUACAUACGAUACUUAAAGGGAUGUGUUUUUACUCACUCUGUUUAACAUAAUAGUCAGUUUAAGGGCUCUAUUCAAUCCGUAUCACAGAAGUUCAGCAUUACAGCGUGAUUGAAAUUUAAAGGCAACGCUCCCACAGUAGCGGAGACUACAUUCAUGGUAAACGCUGCGUAUGUCGGCUCAAUCUGAAACUACUUUUAACAUUUCUAGCGCUUCAGCGACACAGAUUGAAUAGAGCCCCUAAACGUUGUAUUUGUAUCAUAGAAUUUUAGCCAGACUAGCUAAAUGAGAGUUUAUACUACCUGACUGUCUAUGGAUCUAUAAAGGGAACUCUGUAUAAAGACAAUAUGAACUUUUUUAAAGGAUAAUUUCCCUUUUUUUGCCAAAUGUUUUUAACAGAGUGUAUAUGCUACUAUAUUGCCUAUGAAAAGAAUUCCUAUUUUAUUGAAUUUGUCUAAUAUUUCAUUAACUAUAAGUCAUCAUAUUAAUGGCAUAUUAUUUAGAGGUCACUCAUUCUGAUGAAAUCUACAUCUUUGUGCCAGCUAUUGUAUGCUUUAUGUAUGUUUGGUCAGACUGUCAGAAAAAUUAUAUUCGUUUUUUUAUAUUAUUUUAAAGACUUUUCAUAUGGAACAUAACACAAGCACACCAACAUUUCAAACCAGUCUUCUACACUGCGAACAGGACGGUACUGACAGUGUUUACACUAUCUCAACAUAAACACCUUUUAAAUAAAAGUUGCAAAUGCAUAAUUA